AUGGGCAGCAAGGGGCAGGAGUCGAGCGUCCAGGGGCAAAGGAGCGCGGACGCACACCUGGGACUCGUCCUGCUGCCGGAGGCCCCGGGCGCGGGCUUUGGCCGACGCGCGCAAGUCCUUCCGCCCGAGCCUCUGCGUCUCACCCCGCGGACGCGCCCACCCGCCGGGCGUCGGCGGGAGCCCUCACGCCGUCCUCACCUGCAGGAUGGCCCCGUACAGCCGCAGCAGCACCUCCCGGGGCUCCUCGCCUGCGCUGGGCAGGUGGUCCGGCAGCGCGCAGCGGAAGAGCAGGUUGCUGAGGCCCCCGCUGCGGACCACACCGGCUCCUCCGGCCGCACCCGGCGCCAGGCCCCGCCCAGGUACUCCCGGCACCACUGGAGCGGGGGCUUCCCCGGGACGCACGUCGGGGAGGUGGGGCUGCGGAGCCGGGCCCAGGAGCCGCCGUCCUUGCGCUCUGACCCAGGUCUCCUCUCCAGGCCUCCUCAGGACAUAAGCCUGGAAGAGUUUGACGACGAAGACCUGUCUGAGAUCACCGACGACUGCGGCCUGGGCCUCAGCUAUGACUCGGACCACUGCGAGAAGGACAGCCUCUCCCUGGGGCGUUCGGAGCAGCCGCACCCCAUCUGCUCCUUCCAAGAUGACUUCCAGGAGUUUGAGAUGAUCGACGACAACGAGGAGGAGGAAGAGGAGGAGGAGGAGGAGGAGGAGGAGGAGGGAGGGGAGCGGGGGAGGCCGGGCUCAGGAGCCCCCACUCCGGAGCCGCUGACCUGCUCCCCCUCCCUGGAGGAGCCCCGCAAGCACCGCCCCACCACGCUGCACCUGACCGCACUGGGAGCCCAGGCGCCGCUGGACGCCUCGCUGGUGUACGACGCGGUCAAGUACACGCUGGUGGUCGACGAGCACACGCAGCUGGAGCUGGUGAGCCUGCGGCGCUGCGCCGGCCUGGGCGGGGAGGACAGUGGCGAGGAGGACGGCUCCCCGGGCCCCGAGGGCGCCUCCCCGGACAGCCCCGACCUCACCUUCUCCAAGAAGUUCCUCAACGUCUUCGUCAACAGCACGCCUCGGUCCUCCAGCACGGAGUCCUUUGGCCUUUUUUCCUGUCUGGUCAACGGGGAGGAGAGAGAGCAGACCCAUCGGGCCGUCUUCAGAUUUAUCCCUCGCCACCCUGACGAGCUAGAGCUGGAUGUGGACGACCCGGUGCUGGUGGAGGCCGAGGAGGACGACUUCUGGUUCCGCGGCUUCAACAUGCGCACCGGGGAGCGUGGGGUCUUCCCUGCCUUCUAUGCCCACGCAGUGCCUGGCCCUGCCAAGGACCUGCUGGGGAGCAAACGGAGCCCCUGCUGGGUGGAGCGCUUCGAUGUGCAGUUCCUGGGCUCUGUGGAGGUUCCCUGUCACCAGGGCAAUGGCAUCCUGUGUGCAGCCAUGCAGAAGAUCGCCACGGCCCGGAAACUGACGGUCCACCUGCGUCCCCCUGCCUCCUGUGACCUUGAGAUUUCUCUUCGGGGGGUCAAGCUGAGUCUGAGCGGUGGACCUGAGUUCCAGCACUGCAGCCACUUCUUCCAGAUGAAGAACAUCUCUUUCUGCGGCUGCCACCCUCGCAACAGCUGCUAUUUCGGCUUCAUCACAAAACACCCUCUGCUGAGCCGCUUUGCCUGCCACGUCUUUGUCUCCCAGGAGUCGAUGAGGCCUGUGGCCCAGAGUGUGGGCCGCGCCUUCCUGGAGUACUACCAGGAGCACUUGGAGUAUGCCUGCCCCACAGAGGACAUCUACCUGGAGUAGCCGCCCACCACACUCCCGCUCCAGGUGCAGCUGGGGCUGGGGUAUCCCAGAGGCCACGCGGCUUUGUCAAGGACUGGAUUGGGGGCACGUGGGACCUGCUGUCCAGGGAGUCUUGGGGGCUCUCCUUGCUCAGCAGGGGCUGCGGGAAGGAGAGCCAUGUCCCCCCCCCUCGUUUUCCGUCUGAUCUUCUUUCUCUCUGUGUGCCUCCUCUUCUCUGUCUGUCUCUGCCCCCUGUGCCUGCAAACUCUGCCCUCUGCUCUUUUCUCUGGGGUCAGAGCUGGGAGGGGUGUGGAGGAAGGUGAGGCUCUAGGUGACGGGUGAUAUCAGGCUCCCAGGUGGCCCCUCCUACCCCUCCCCAGUGAUUUAAAAGGAAUUUUAAUUUUUAUAGUGAAUCUCAAGGGGUCACCCCAUCCUUGACCACAGGGACAAAGAGAGGGACUCCCACCCCACCCCACCCCACGCGGGGCUUGGGGGGACGCAGGGAGGUAUUUCCCCAGAAGGGCCUUAGGGACACUUGGUGUGGUUCUUGAGGCUCACCCCUAGCCCCAGACUUUGCUCGGAGAAGGGUGCCCUGCCCCAUGCCCCGCCACACCAGCGUCUGCUUUGCCACUGCAAACUCCCCGCCAUCCAGCACCUCAAUAAACUCUCUGCUUGGUGUGA